AAACAUAAAGCUCCUCUUACGCGAGGAGUUAAUAAGAUGAAUACGUUUUCCCCCGGAAGAGACGUUGGCUGCAGUUAGUAACGCCGCGCUAUUUUCGGGAUUUAUGGUGGGGUAUACCUUUAAUAGGUGUCAGUUUUUUCCAUCCCCAAUGGAAAAAGCAAAACAGAAACAGAAACAGUUCUUCAUCUCUCUCUGUCUCUAGAGUGCACUUCCAAAUCUAAACGAAGUGGUCUUUAUCGGAUUGCGGGACAGAAUUCUGGGAUUCAGUAGUGUGGAGAUAGCGCCUCAGCGAAAGCAGAAUGGUGGGUAAUGAAGAAGUUAAGGAGGAGGAUGAACAAAUAUACGAGUAUGACGUUCCGGACCCAGAAUUUUAUGAUUUCUUCAAGGAUAAGAAAAAAGAAUGCUUUGAAAUUGAUCAAAUGUGGGCUAUUUAUGAUGAGAUAGAUGGAAUGCCUAGAAGAUAUGCCAGGAUCAGGGAAGUUUUUUCACCUGGUUUUAAAGUUCGGAUGACUUGGUUAGAGCCGGAUCCUGACGAAGGCGUAAAAGAUUGGACUGAAGCGGAAUUGCCUGUUGCUUGUGGUAAGUUCAUUCGAGACAGGAGUGACAAAUCCGAAGACCUUGAAAUUUUUUCUCAUAGACUUGAGUGGGAAAAAGGCUAUAAUUAUGCUCCCUAUAGGAUAUAUCCUAGAAAGGGCGAAACUUGGGCUGUCUUCGACAACUGGAAUAUAAAAUGGAGCCUCGAACCGGAGAAGCAUAAGGACUUUCAGUAUAAAUUUGUGGAAGUGUUGUCAGAUUAUUCGGAGGAAUCAGGUGUUUUGGUUUCAUAUUUGGUUAAGAUCGAAGGAUUUGUAAGCUUGUUCAAGCCAGCAACAUGUAAUGGUGGAAAUGUAUCCUUGCAGAUACCACCAAAUGAGAUUCUCAGGUUUUCACACCGCGCUCCUUCUCAUAGAACAACUGGUAGAGAAAGAGAAGACGUUCCUGCUGGUUAUUUUGAACUCGAUCCUGCUUCUGUGCCUACUUGCAUAGAAGAGAUUCGCGAUCUUGAUCUGAAUGUGCCCAUUGAAUGUAUUGAUGCCAAAGAUGGUAUACCUUUAAUUGAGGACGAAUCACAUAUGGCGAACAUCAGGAAAACCUCUGGUGUAAGUUGUACUAUGCAAGGAGAGAAUUUUAAAUGUGGAAGUGGGUCUCCAAGCUUAUCAAAUGGGUGCUAUGAGGAGAAGAUGAGUGAAGAAAAUGCUAGCCAUCUUUUGGAGCUGACUUCAAGUGGUUCAGAUAGCUCAAACAUCAAGGAGAUCGGUCUGGAUCCUGCUUCACUGCCUACUUACUUUGAAGAGACUUCCAAUCCUGUAAAUUUGAACUUGAAUUCUGAUAUUGUUGAUCCUGAUAGUCCUGUUUCUCUUGGAUCUUUGGAAGAGGAAAAUCCCUUUUUCUUCAAGAAGAGAGCCAACCCUGAUGAAAAGAGUUUCCUAGACGAAGGGAAUUCAGAAAUUAGAUAUGGGUCUCCAAGGUUAUUAAACGGAUGCCUUGAAGAAUAUGCAGAUCAUCCUUUUGGGAUAACUCCUUGUGGUUCAGGUCACGCCAAAAGCUGUGAUGUGUCAGAUGCUGAAGCCAUGGGUCCAGAUCAUACUAUUCCUUCUAGUAAUGUUGAAGAGAGUUGUGUUCAUGCAGAUGAGAAAGCACUUGGUGAAAUCAAUAAUUCUUCCAAAUCUCCUGCAGCUGGAGGAAGGCUACUUAAGCGAAAGAAGAGGAAAAACCAUGAUGUGAAAGGGUCUCCAAGGUUAUCAAACGGGUGCUCUAAGAAGAAGCAUUGUAAAGAAACUUCUGCUUAUGGGGAGAAGAUUUCCAGUGUUUCACAGCAGGUGGAGAACAAGUUGGAGAUCUAUCCUAGGAAAGGGGAGGUAUGGGCAUUGUGUAGAAGUGAUACAUCCAAAUGGCCGUGGUCUAACUCGUCUACUAUAAGUGAUGUUGACAUUGUUGAAGUUCUAGAAGACAACAUGGAAAUGAUUAAAGUCUUAGUUUUGAAAACAGUCAUUGCGAGUACGAAAACUGUUUACAAACCCAAGAAAAGAUCAGGAAAUGACAUACUUGCGGAGAUACCAAGGGUUGAAUUGCAUAAAUUUUCACAUAAAAUUCCUGUUCGACGGCGGACAAUGACAGGAUUGCAGGAGUGUUGGGAGCUGGAUAUGCGAGAAAAUUUCCCUGUUGAAGACUCCAUAGCUGAUGAGAGUAAGGGGCGUGAAGCUGCUAAUGAAUCUGAAUCAAUUGUUGGCCCAAAAGACAUUUUGGAUCAAGAAUUCCUUGAAUUUGUGGAUUCGGAUUUUAAUGACUUUGAUUUGGAUAGGAAAGAAGAUUGCUUUGCAGUAGGUCAGGUAUGGGCCUCUUAUGAUCGUAUAGACGGCAUGCCUAGAGGGUACGCUCGUAUCGAGAAAGUUUAUUCACCUGGUUUCAUGGUGGAGAUCACUACCUUAAAAGCUGAUCUAGAAGAAGCAGAUGAGGUUGAUUGGAUCCAUGAAGAUUUGCCUAUCACUUGUGGCAAGUUCGAACACGAUAUAACAUUAAUAGUCGAUGAUCGUGCUGCAUUUUCUCAUAGGGUUGAAUGGGAACUAGGCAUGGGUACAGAUUCUUACAGGAUAUAUCCGAGAAAAGGUGAAACUUGGGCUCUCUUCAAGAACGUGGAUGAUAUUAAACGGAGUUCUGAUCCUAUAAAUACUAGAAAUAUCAGGUAUGAAUAUGUAGAAAUCCUUUCAGAUUAUAGUGAGGAAUUAGGCGUUAAAGUUGCUUACUUGGUUAAGAUCAAAGGUUUUGUAAGCUUGUUCAUGAGAACCUUAUGCAACAGUAUGAAUUUCAUUCAAAUUACUCCAGAUGAACGGAUGAAAUUUUCACAUAAAGUUCCUUCAUUUAGAACGACUGGUAAAGAAAGAGAAGACGUUCCUGAAGGUUAUUUCGAACUCGACCCUGCUUCUCUGCCUAGUAACCUGGAAGUGAUUUUUGAGUCUGAAGAUGUGCAAGUGAACACUAAAAAUGUUGAGGCUGUAACUAAUGAUAGUUUUGCGUCUCCAAAAGAGGAUAGUCCUUGUGCACGAAAGAAAAGAAAAACGAAUCCUCUUAACAGGAAUAGCCGGGACGCAGGAAACUCAAGAUAUGGGAGUUUGCUUCCAAUCACACCAAAAAGAUGGUGUAAUAAGAAGAAGCGAAGUGUUCUGAAACGGGUUGGAAGUAGUGGUUCCACUUUUGGCAACGGCAAUCCACUUAAUUUAUGUCGGACUGUUAUGAAUGAGAUUGGUAGUGAUGGUGUGGUCACUAAUACAGACAUUGUAACUGAAGCAGAAAAUUCUAACUUGAAGCUUGGAUUACCAUCAUCUUUUCAACUGAACCCUGAAGGAAUUCCUGAAGGACAACUGUAUGACUUUAGGGAUGAUAAAACCCAUGAAAAGUUUCAUCCUGGUCAGGUAUGGGCAGUGUAUUGCGACUUGGAUGGUUUACCCAAGUAUUAUGUUCGGGUGAAAACUGUUGAAGUAUUCCCUGAUUUCAAGGUGGAAGUAAAUUGGCUUCAAUCUUGUGCUCCACCAGAAGGUUUGAUCCGAUGUAAUGAUGAGAAUAUGCCUUUAAGCUGUGGCAUGUUUGAAACUGGUGAAACUCACACUUUUGAUGAUACGACUUAUUUCUCUCAUCACUUAACAGGAGUUUCUAAUGCUACGGAAAACAAGUUUGAGAUCUUCCCAAGGAAAGACGAGGUGUGGGCAUUAUACAGAAACUUUAGUCCCAGUAUGUCAUCUUUGGAUUUGCAGAAAUGUGAGUAUGACAUGGUUGUAGUUGUAGAAGAGCAAGUUCACUGGAUGAUCGUGUUGGUUCUACAAAAGUUCUCCUCUUGCAUGGAGUCAGUUUUCAUGCCUAAAUUAAAAGCAGGACAUCUCUUUCAUAUGGCUAUACCACGAUGCGAAUUGCUUCGAUUUUCUCAUCAAGUUCCUGCUUUUCGAUUGAACGAUGACAAGUAUGGUAGCUUGCGAGGAUCUUGGGUACUUGAUUCUGAUUCCGCGCCACGUUGCUUGCUUUCCUCAAACUGAAGGUUCCAAGGUCAAAUUUAUUGUUCUUUCUUCAUCUUUUUUUCUUUUCUUUAUGGUGUGGAGCCUUUUCUAGUUGAUUAAUCAAUACAUAAAUUGGAUGGAGCAAGUUCCACCAUCCAUAUCUGUUGCUCUGACACUUGCCACGAAUGCAUCGAUGUGCAGCUCAUGACGAGUAGAGUUGGAAGAUAUCUAAUUGUGCUUCCUUCUUAUGAGAAGGAGCUUCUUAGAUUAGUAAAACUGACACGUGUACAUACCGUAGACUUUGUAACGGUGUCAACUUUUUUUUCCAUUUGGGAUAAUGUAUAUACAUAAGCAGUAAUGCACUUUACAGAGAUGUAAAUGUAGUUCAACAAACUAUGCCACUUUUUUGUUAUGACUUCUUGUGAUAGUAUUGGUAUCUUUCUUUCAUUGAGAUUAUCA